AUGUCCGUUAUUCCAGUUUCAUAUAAGCAUUACGUGUUUAAUGUGAGAGACUACAAAGUGAAAGAAGUAUUGGGUGAAGGAGCGUAUGGAGUGGUGGCACUGGGUGUUCACAGAAAGUCACAAAAGGUGGUUGCGAUCAAGAAAAUUCAGCCGUUUCAAAGGACGUUGUUUUGUCUUCGGACACUGCGAGAAAUCAAGUUUUUAAGACAGUUCAACCAUCCAAACAUUAUCCGAAUCUUAGAUAUUCAAAAGCCUUCAAGCUUUGAAGGUUUCAACGAAGUUUAUGUGAUUCAGGAAUAUAUGGAUGCAGACUUACACACUGUGAUCCAGACCCAAGAGCUCAGUGAUGAUCAUAUCAAAUAUUUUCUCUACCAAAUUCUCAAAGGUGUCAAGUACUUGCACAGCUGUGGUGUUAUCCACAGAGAUUUAAAGCCUGCAAACCUAUUGGUGAAUGAAAACUGUGAUCUCAAGAUCUGUGACUUUGGUCUUGCUCGAAUCGAUGCCAAUUCCACAAAGGGUGAGGAUAAAAUCUCAUUUUUGACUGAAUACGUAGCCACCCGUUGGUACAGAGCUCCAGAAAUCAUGCUUUCCUCUGCACAAUAUUCAAAGGCAAUAGACAUAUGGUCCAUUGGUUGUAUUGUUGCCGAGAUGAUACUCAGAGAACCAUUUCUGCCGGGUACGGAUUAUAGAAAUCAGUUGGCACUCAUUUUCGAAGUGCUUGGAACACCAACAGCGGAAGAGAUGAAGUGCAUCAAGCUCAAGAAAGCACGUGAUUUUGUGGCCUCACAACGAGUGCGUCGGAAGAUUCCGAUGAAGAAAAUAUUCCGUAAUGCUAAUCCUCUUGCAAUCGAUUUUAUAGAGAAAACUGUGUGCUUUGACCCGGAAAAGAGGAUGACCAUUGAACAAACGUUGGAGCAUCCAUAUGUUCAAGAUUUCCGAAAUCCAAAGGAAGAACUUUCAGCCGAGAGAAUUCCUUCAGACCUCUUCUUUUUUGAUGAUUACAAGGAUCAGCUGAAGAUGAUUGAUCUCAAGAGAAUGUUAUACGCGGAAAUAGUAGCCGGUUGA